AUGCGUAGCUCCCUCACGAAAAAUUUUGCUGUACUAAGUACUUCUACAAGUGCGUACACAACAUGCGUCGCCCCCUCACGGUUGUUUGGUUGUUGGUGUUUUGGGGGUGUACGGCGGUCGAGCAGAGAACCCUUGACGGGAUCGCCCGCACGGGCCACUCACGAGGACCGGUCCCAGCUACCGGAGGUACAGCCGCUCGUGGCGUACGACGUAGACAAGCACGAGGUGGCGUCUAUUUACGUGAAGGACGCCCUCGCCGGCAGGGAGAGCCCGACCUGCAUCCACGACCAAAACUCUCUCCGUGCAUUAAAGUUAGUCCGGAACAAGGCAUGGAACCAGCUCUUGAACAUAUGCACCAUCGCACACCUCAUGCUGCCGAUAGUGGAGAUUCAGAGGUGUCUGCCUUGCAUGGGCAUGCAGAAGAUACCCGAAUCCCUCGAUUCGAACUCUUUACACACAGGGUGGCGGCCGACCUUGCUGGGGUCGAUGUGGCUGGAGUGCUUGCUGUGUCUCCUCUACGUCUACGACCUGUACAAGGUCGCGCUCGCCAGAUGGAGCCGCGUGACACUACCGUUUCUCUUCAUCAGCCGGCGGACAUACCUCAAGCACUUCGUCGGCGGGGUGAUACGGGUUCUGCCCAGGAUGCUGCCGGUGGCCUUCCUCAUGUCCUUCGUGGUGUUCUUCUACGCCUUCAUUGGCUACGUCCUCUACCGGGACGAACCGCGAUCCUCGAGCCUCCUGCAGGACCUGGACCUAUUCAGCCAGCCCUCGUCCUCUGCGAUGACCUUCCUGCGCAUCUUCACCUCCAUCCCCUUCAUGCUGGACGUCGAGCACAUCUACGCAGGGACAAAGGGCAUCCGCGUGAUGGGCCUGUCCUAUGGCGUGAUCAUGGUCAUCUUCCUGGGGGCGCUGGUGCCCGCUGUUGCCAACCGCAACUUCCAGUACCAGUCCAAGGAGAGCUACAACUGGGUGAAGGAGCAGCGUAAGCUUGCCCUAACCCGCGCGUUCAUGCUGCUGAGGCGGGAGGAAGACAGGACCGUUGGUCGGGAAGACUGGGUGCGGCUCAUGGCCUGCCUCCGCCCUGACUGCAAUGCUGGGCACACGUCGGCUUUGUUCGAUGCGGCGAAGAAGGCGGAGGACGAGACGGUCUCCCUCGGCGGAGAGGACGACCGCAACAGGCUGUCGAAGGGGGGGUUCUUCAUGCUCUGCGCGCUCGGCACGGCCAGCUUCUCUCGGGCUCGCAAGGACGAUGCCGGCAGCAGGCGAUCCGGGUCGAAGUGGAAGCGGAUCCGACAACGUCUGGACGCCGCCUUGUCGUGGAGCAUGCCGGGAAGCAACUUCCCUCUGAGCAGGCAGGUUCUGAACGUGGCGGUAGUGGUUCAAGGGUACCAGAUUGUUCUGGAGGGAGACGACCCGGAAAGGCGACCGACAUGGGCUUACCCCCUGGGAGGCUUUUUGAUCGCCUACUUCUGCGUGCAGGCGUCGUUGUGGAUGAUCGUGGACGGGGCUCGGCUGUACAUUAGGCAGUGGAGGCAUGCACUCGGGAUGUGUCUGAACCUGAUCGGCGUGGCGUACUACAUGGGGCUCUGGUUCGACGGGACGGGGUGGCACAGCUUUUACCAGAUCCUGCAGGCGUCCCGCGUCGUCAUUCUUUGGAACGUUCUCCACCGGCUAGGCUCUACCAGCUCGGAGGUCGCGACGCGGCUAGAGUUCGUGUUUCCGGCGGUGCUGCGAGCGUCUUUCGUCCUCUUCUCGGUGACCUACUCGUACUCCGUCUUGGCCUUCGACAUGUACUGCGCGACGCCACUGGGGGUCGAGCCCGUCGACAGCGUGGCGGACCACAGCAUGAUGCAGAGGUGGGCGUAUUACAAGGACGUGAUAUCAUUCGCCUCGUUGCACCAGUCCUUCGCCGCGAUGACCGACGUCAUCAUGCUCAGCAACUGGCCGCUGUUCAUGGACGCGGCAGGGGACGUGGGCAACGUCGUGACGGCCAAGCUAUUCUUCUACUCCUUCAAGGUGCUCACGUUCUACUUCGUCAUGCCGGUGAUGCUUGGGUUUAUCGUCCAGAGCUACAUGGCGGCCCAUAUUCCAGGCGCCGAUUCCGCGAACAACAAGCCGGCCUUGUCUUCCUCAUCACGCGCCGUCUCCGAUUCGCUGUCGUUCAGCCGGAGGUCACACAGAGACGGAGGAGGCCGGGGCGGGGCGGAAGACGGGAGAGGGGGGUCGGCAAGCCCGUUGUCAUCUCGCGUCAAGUCGAUUUUGGAGACAACAGGAGCAUCUAGCAUCAGGACCAUUGGGGAGGUAGGAGGAGUAGGAGGAGGAGCAUCGAGGUUAACUCGGGAGUUAGGGGGAGGGGCAGGGCCGGCUGCCUCUCUGUCUUCGAGUGGUAGGUCCUACGGAGAUGGUGGGGAGGGCGCGGCUAGCGGCGGUGCCGUUGGCGACAUGGCCGGAAGCAGGAGCGGGAAGGCCAGCCCCAAGGCCCGGGCUGGUGGCAAGGAUGGCGCCAGCACCACCAUCUUGGACGGAAGCAAGUUCGCGACUUUCGCAGGCGAUGCGGUCGACGUCGACACGUUGCUGGAAGAGGGGGCCCGCGGCGACGGAGGCAGCGAUAGCGGUGGUGAGGACGGCGAUGGUGAAGGUGGUGGUCUGGAUGACGACGACGAAUCCUCUUCGUCCGACGACAGCAGCGCGCCGGUGGUGGUCACUUCCCAAGCUCGGUCGAUGUCGUCGACUUUCUGGGGUGCGGAGCAGGAGAAAGACCAUCAACGGCGCGGCUCAUCGCAGGCAUCUACGGAGAUGCAGGAGAGCUUGAGUCGCAUGGAAGCGGAGAACGCCAGCCUGCGCGCGUUGGUGGACAGCAUGCAGAUGGACCUGCAAAUGGCCAACGCCAGGCUCUACGAUGAGAUGCAGACACCAAGCAGGGACCGCAGCCCGUCCCCGGGAAGGACGCCUUCACGGCGAGGGAGCGGGGUCGACGGGUCUGCACACCCAGGAAAACCACCCUUGCCGUUGUCGUUCAUCUCUCCGGAUUCGAUGGCUCCUCUCCGGAAACGCGUCGGCUCUGGGACGAGCUCGCUGGGGGGCAUGGAGGCUAUCGCAGAGAUUGAAGACGAGGAAGUUGGCAUCGUCUGAUUGUUGUCGAAUCAACCGGGGGGAGGUUAUCUGGCGGUUGGUUGCUCUUGGUUUUGUGUGUAAGGUGGAUUCGGAUCGGGUGUUCUAUGUGGAAAGGCAUUUAUCUGGUGGUUGUUUGGUUUUUGCGUUGUCCACGUCUGCUGGUUGGAUG